CGAAAGUCGAUAACAUUUAUACUUCUGUAAUGCUUAUUUAAAGCAAGGUUUCAAUCAGUCUUCUAAUCGAGUUUGACGAGUGUGGUUUGUGUUUUGUGUUUUGAUUCCAAUAUACUGUGAGCGAAUAAGAAUAUAACCGUAUGCAGAAUCAGAUAAAAUAGUAAAAGGAAAAUCUAACUCAAAGAACUGUACACAAAUCAUAGUACUUUGUCCUACGCAAAAAACCGCACAACAUAACUGCCCUGCAAGCAAUUGGUAGUAUGAAUUCGCGCCGCCAUUAACGCUACCAACACAAACGAUUACGCCAGAAAAACAAGAAUCGACGCAGCAACAGGCUGAUAAUAUUCGAUAUGAAAUAAAUAGAAGCAAAACGACGUCGUCAACCACAGCACAAUAAGAAACGAAUACGAGAGCCGAAGGAACUUCUCAAAAUAAAAAGAAUCAAAAUAAAACAUAAUACAUAUAAAUUGGAAUAACUAUAAACGAAACAGCGAUCAUCACACAUAUUUGCCCAUGUGCUAUAUCAAGUGUAUUUUUGUGCUGUCAUUGCGACUUUCAUUGUGGUUUAUUUUCUUGUGCUUUGUUAUACGAUCAAUUGAAAACCAAAUUAAAAAUAAUUAAAUAUUGCAAUCGAAAAAGUGGUUCAUAAUACGUUAUCAAAGACACACACAUCUCUAUUUUAACUUGUGCCUUUGCCUGGAAGAAUUCUUGAGUAUUCAUUUCGUAUCGCUGUGUACAACGGGAAAAGCGUGCCUUCUCCCCAUAAAUUAUAUAUUUUAUACUUGGAAUAACAAUAUUUGUUUUCGAUAAUGUCUGCAGCUAUUAUACAGCAGAAGAGUACAAACAAUUCUUCAUUAAUUUACUUUGAGUGCGGUGAUAUUUUUAAAGCG